GAGCCCCACCACUCUGCUCCUUCAAUCAAAAUAACUCCUCUGCCUCUGCCUCCGCCUCUGCAUGCAUCCAGCUUGCAAUUUGCUUAGCGUCUAUUAUUAUUCUUUCUACUGCCAUGCAUAUGCAUUGUUAUGCCAUUUCCUCUGUCCUUCCUCAAAACUAAAAAGCACUUGGGUUCCUUAUUCCUUUCUUUUCAUUUCUUAUAUCUUAUUUAGUCUUUUCCGUAUGCAAAUUAGUCAAGGGUGCCUUCCUUGGUGGCAUGCAUAUGUGUGUGUGUGUGUGUGGGGUAACAUCUUCUCCUCUCUUCAUAUACUCUCCCUCCCUUUACUAUAAAUACUCUCCAACUCUGCUUCGAGUUUUAUACCCACUAAUCUAUUAACUGAAGGCCACGCCAUUCCAAAUCGAGAGACAAGGAGACAGAGAGAUAGUGAUGAAUAAGGGAAUGAUGAGCGGCAAACCCAAUUUGAGGAAGACUAGAACUUUUUUCCUGCACAAGAACCAAACCUCGAUGCAGCAGCCAAUCAUUCCGAACCAACCAGCUGAAUCCGGAGAAGAGCAUAAUAAUAAUUAUAUUGAGAAAGAGAGCCCCCCGGGGGCGGUGAAAUUCCCAGUGUCCCCUCACCUGAUGAAUGGGGAAGAGAUGGUCCAUUUCAGUCACCCUCGACACCGCCUGUCCCGGAUGUGUAAUCUCAACCUGUUUACGUGCGGCGGGUGCAAGGAGUACGGCGCCGGCAACGGAUUCAGUUGCCAACAAUGUGAUUUCCAGCUCCACGACUUCUGCGCCUUCUCCCCUCCGGCCCUCAAGGCCCACCCCUUCCAUUCCCACCACCAGCUUCUCUUUUACUCCAAGCUAGUGAAAGGGGGCAUCAUGCAGUCCAAGUGCGACAUUUGUGCGAAGCCCAUAAAAGGAUUUGCGUUCCGAUGCGGGGUGUGCAGCUUCCAGAUGCACCCUUGCUGCGCGAUGCUGUCCUUGGAAAUGAAGAUGCCGUCGGUGCACCCGCACCCGCUGAGGAUGGUGGGAGCAACAACAUCAUCAGUAGUGGAGCAGCCGAGCAGCUUGGUGGGGUGCGGGGAGUGCAAGAGGAGGAGGUCGGGGAGGGUGUACCGUUGCACGGUGUGUGAUUAUCAGGUGCAUGCAGUGUGCGCAAAGAGCGUGAAAAACGGCCUCCGGGAGAAGGGGUACAAGGAAACCGAGAAGGCCAGCGUGCUUGGGACUGCCGCAAGAUUCGCUUCUCAGGUGGUGGUUGAGUUCUUGGGAGGCAUCAUCGAGGGCCUUGGAGAAGGGGUUGGCGAAGCCUUAGUCCAGAACAUCAACGGCAAGGCCGCCCCCACACCUCUUCAUCAUCGUUAAUUAUCUCUGACUCCAAAAUCACACACAAACAUAUGCCUCCUUUCUACUCUUCCUCUUUCUUUCUUCCUUCCUUCCCUAUUAUUAUUAUUAUUAUUAUUGAUUUUCUGCAUCCCCAUC